GACGAAACCGUUAUUACAUGAUCACGUCUGGUGCUUUUUACCUUUUCCCUCCCCCCUCUCAACGCCCUUACCCAUCACCAAAGUCAGUCUUGAAGUCACCCACUCAAGGACCUCCUCUAACUCUAGAUCUUGCCUCGCCGUCCCUGACUUCGCAAUCCUAAAGUCUUUUGUCCACUCAGCCAUAGUGUCCCAACUGAUACCAUUUGGAACCCAGCUGGUGCGAAUAUCCCGUCUUACCAGGGCACUCGAUCUUGUGCAACGUUGUUGCGUAUCACUGACACAAGGAUCCCGAAACAAAAUUGUCACCAUCUUCGCCGAAUCAGAACAAUACCGUCUAAUAACUUCGUUGCUGCCUUGCGAUGCGGCGCAAUUCCAAAGUUUCACGGAGCAGAUCUCUAUUCAGCGAGGCUGUGAACUGUUUUGUGGCGAAUUCACCCACAAGCCUCUCCUCACUGUGAGGUGAGCCUUCGGGUCUCGACUUCGAACACUUCCAAGUCGGACUCUAGAAACUCACAUCUCACGGUGGCUCAGCUGCCUCGACGUCGCUGACCUCUCACCAAUAUCACUUGGGUCUGGCUGGACACCGACACCAAGGCCAACAUUCGUUUUCACAUCCGCCAUCUGUGACUCCAUGGCCACGAGUGUUGCACCAUAUCUAGACGCGCGAGGGAGCAACUGGCCCCAGAGCCCACAUACACCAGCUUUCGAUCCUGUCUCUUCGGGUCCAGGCCUGUUCACCCUUGGCUCGAUGCCUCGUUCACCUCCCACAAGGGAAACCCUUGGUGGAAACACAUCCAGUACAACUCGACUUCCCUCCAUCAGCAAUUUUCUCGCCGUCGCCGAUUCACGUCCCAACCUAGACCUUGCACCACUGGGUCCUGCACCACAACCGGGGGAUUUGAGGCCUCCCUUGGCCCCGUCCAUUCCCGUACAGCCAGGGAACUCAGCGCUACCCCAUCACGUUCAUCAACAUGGUCACUACAACGCAUCUGUUCCAAAUAGGUUGGACCAAACAGAUCAUGUCACACAAUAUCAACGAGCCCAUAACCUUCCCCCACAGCCAGCAUUUUGGUCACACUCGACCUCACAAUUUCAUGACAAUCACCAUCUCUCACAUCACACGCCCACCUCACCGCCUGACAGUAAAUCAGGAAGACACCAUGUUGCAGAGCAGGAGAUUCCCGGCAAAGGAAUAUGUUAUGUCUACCAGGAUGGUUCGAUCUGCCCCAAGAUGCCCGGUGGAGAAAUUGUUAACCCGAAAUGGGGCACCACGAAAGCUGGCAAACCUCGCAAGCGUCUAGGACAGGCGUGUAACACCUGCCGUGAGAAAAAGAUCAAGUGUGACCCGAGCACGCCAAAAUGCGCCCAAUGUCAAAAGUUUGGUCGGGAAUGCAAAUUCGAGUCUCUUACACGUACUACACCCAAGCAAGCGUCCAACAUGGCGGCGAGUAUGACAGCACCUUCUGCAGAGCAUGCGGUCGAAGUGCCGUCCCCUACUCGGUCAUCUACAGUGUCAGUCGACAUUCAUCAGGAUCAAGCAUACCCCAAACAGGCGCACAGAUCGUCCAUGCCUGUCGAGAGUUUACUAUCUCCAACUUCUGUCGGUGAACGUAACCUCGGAGAUAGCCCAGAAAGUCUGCCUCCUGCUAAAAGAAGCAAACUUGGCUCGCCCCCUCGACCAGAUACGCUGAACCGCGGCCGCAAUCUCCCCGACAACGGCACGAGUUCAGCCUCACUGGUGUCGCCACCAUCAACCCCGCGAUUCUUCUAUCACCUUGAUCCGUACGAGCUCGAUCCUGAUCUGUCACUUUACUAUGUCAACAAGUACUUUACCCAUAUCGACUGCUUUACAGACUGCACCAUACCCCAGAGGCAAUUCACACACUGGCUCAAGACAUGUCAAUCAAAGUCUUCUGCCGAUAUCAUGCUCAUUUACGCCAUGUUGGCAUUUGGGGCCACAUUCGCGCGAAGAGGAGGAACAGAAGCGUAUCCGGCCUUGUUCACAGGCAUUGUACACGAAGCAAUCAUGAAUAAUGGCGAUCGCUUCAGUCUGCAACUGCUGCACACGAGGCUCAUCUUGGCAUUACUCUCAUUCUCCCAGGGUCAAUACAACCGUGCAUUUGAAUAUUCUGGGACGGCUUUGCGAAUCGGCAUGGGUCUCGGUUACAACAUGGAGGAUACCGUGGCCAACGUUACUCGAGAAGGAGACUUGAUUUUUGGGUUGGACAAAGCAGCCGUGGUAGAGUGCCGCAGACGAACGUUUUGGUCGGCCUUCAUCAUGGAGUGUUUCAAUGGGUGUUGCUCAGCAUCUGUACCCGCUGUUUACCAUUCCGACAUCCAUCUUCGACUUCCUUGUGAUGUACAGGCAUUCGAAGCGGGCAUCGUGCCUCCAACACCUCUGCAAUUCAAUGGUCCUUCAUCUGGCCAUGGUAAUUCGCCCGAACUAUCAAAUGUUGGCCUCCUCGGCUACCUGGUCGAUAUCGCUAGCAUGUUCAAUGAAGUGCUGAGUCGCAUCAGCCGAGCCAGGCCGAAUUCUUCGGUACAAUAUAUUAGUGCACUGAGAAGUUUUCACCAAGAAUUCUCCAUGAAGUUGGGUGCGUGGGACAAAUCUUUAAGAGAACAUGUACGACUCCUUCGCGACAAUAAGGACAAAACAGACCCGGUCAGUGGACUGCACAUAUUGUACCACUACACCGCGAUGCUUAUGAAUCGACAUGUGCGUCACGAAGAUAUGGAUUGGCAAAGUAUCAUUUCCCAUGUCAAGGGGGCAUAUUUCCAUGCCAAGAAAUUGUUGGAAAUGGUCCAAAGACUGAGUAACGUCCAGAAGAAAGAUAUGGCCAUGUUUCGACUGGCAGCGUCGAGUCCAUUUAGCGGGUUUGCCAUCACAGCAGCUUUGGACACCAUCACGGCGGCAGGCACUCUCAAAGACAUCAUGGACGGCCACGGUGAUGUAAUGCCUUUGAUUUCAAGUGGCCUAGAAGCGUUGGAACGCUUAGUCGACCAAUGGGACAGUGCACGACAACAGCGCAACAUGGUCGAGACGAGGUUUCGACACCUUCUGGCAGCCGUCCAGAGAGCAUCUGCUCAUCAAGGAGCAUAUUACUUCAGCGAGCCCAUGCAGGGGGCGUAUGGGCUGGACCAAGACAUCGUCUAUGGACUAUCCAGGAAACGAUACUUGCAAGCCCUUGGCGGGUGGGCUGAUGAAAGCUACGAUGAUGGCGACUUCCAAAGACUGGGUUGAAUUGUGGCCUGCGAGCGGAGUUCGAUCCUGAUGAGCUAUCUCGGCGAGACGACCCAACCACAGGGGAGGGAAGGAACGGUAUCAGCUCCAAUUUGAAUAUAAGGCCUCGGACGCACGACGACAGGGAAUUGAUUGGUUGAGCCAGACAACCGACAUUAGAGGACUUUGAUGACCCUGGAGUGCUGAGCAUGUCAUGAAUGAUCGGCGCGCAGUUUAUGGAGAGGCAAGCGAUGAUUGUCAAAUGGGGGCAUAGGAGGGACUUUCUGGGACUUUUGGAGGCAUUGGUCAUAACCAUGACCUUUUUCCACAUGACGACAUAUUGCAUCUCUUAUCUCCAAUGUGUUUUGAGGACUACAGAACGUGUUCAACAGCAACUGGCAUGUAAUAGCAAAGGGCAGCGCAGCGCACACAUGGCAGAGUGGAGAGCAUUCAGAGAAGCCACGGACGACCAUACGAGGGGCUAAGGAUGGAAACCAUUGAUACCAGGAUGAACGGGAUCGAUUGACCACGAGACGACCGAAAUCUAGGAGGGGUUUUUUCAAUUUUGCUUUGAUAUUCAAGAGCCUUUUGUGCGCAUGGCUCAAAAUAGGGGUAUAGGGGCAUGAUGCAGAGCAGCGUGACAAGACUAUUAGAUUAGAUGGCUCUCUUCUAGAGGAUAGACAUCUAGAUGGUGGUUUUGUUGCGUGACAUGUUGAUUUGUUU